AUGGCUUCCUCGAGCAUUCCUUCUUCUUCCACCGCGUCUAGGAGUGUUUCUGAUGCCGCCGUAGACAUUCCCCCCAAGCGUUACACUAAGGAAGGGCAUCUCGCCGUUUGGGAUGACGCGAACGUGCGGCGCGAUGGUGGAGUUGUGUGCGCGGAUGUUCCUAAGCGCGUUUCCGACGCCAUUCGCAACACGAAGGAAACGAAGACGACGGCGCGUAAGGAUAAGGAGAGGGCUUUGGAGGAGGCGCUCACGUCGGUGGGCGACCAAGGCGGAGCGGGUCCGAAGGCAAAGAAGGGGCGGAUGGAGCAUUGGUAUGGCGAGGGGGGGAUGUCGGCGAAGCGUGCGGUAGACGAUGCGAUUUGCCUCUUCGUCGCGGGGACGCGCUCGGCGGAGGUCAUUAGCGAGCACCCCCUCUUCCUCAACAUGCUGCGCGCCGUUAGCGCCGCCGGUGCCGGCUACGUUCCGCCCAAGGUGGGCUACGUUGGAGGCGCCGGGUUGCUGGCGUGCAAGCAGCAGAUUGAGAAGGGUUUGUCGCCCAUUAUGAAGUCGUGGAAGGAGACCGGCGUGACGAUCGCGAGCGAUAUGAUGAAGGACAAGAGCGGGCGCGCGCAGAUGAACGUCGUCUUCAUCAACGCCAGUGGAGCGGUUUUCCAGGAGGCGUUCGACUGCAAGGCGGAGACCAAGACUGGGGCGUUCAUCGUGAGCGUCCUGCAGCCGCUGAUCGAGAAGCUUGGACCGGAGCACGUCGUCGCGAUUUGCAUGGACGGCGGCAGCAACUACGUGUCCGCCGGCAAGCUGCUGCAGAAGAAGUACCCGCACUUGGAGUUCGUCCCCUGCGCCACCCACGUGCUCGACCUGCUGUUGGAGGACUUCGGCGGCAUGGAUUGGGCGCAGGAGGUCGUGUCAGUUGCCACCGACAUGAUCACGUUCCUGCGCAGCCACACGUGGACGCGUGCCUUCCUCCGGUGUCCCGAGCUGCACGGCGAGAAGAAGUCGCUGCAGCCGCUGCGACCGGCGGGCACACGCUUUGGGACGCAGUACAUUGUCGUUUCCCGCCUUAAGGAGAUUCGCCAGCACCUGGUGAACAUGGUGACGCACACGGACUGGACCGAGAAGGGGAGGAAGCAGCAGACUGGAACUACUUUUGAGAAGGCGGUGAUGGAUGUGGAGUGGUGGGGCAAGGUGGACACCUUCGUCAUGGUGAUGGAGCUGCCGUACAAGUUGAUGAGGAAGACGGAUGGGCCAGCGAAGGGGAAGAUGGGAGCAUUGUACGACAUGAUGCUGCAGCUGACGGUGGACCUGACGGAGCUGUUGGAGAGGGCGGAUUGUAAGCUUAAGGAGUCGGAGAAGGAGGAUUUGCUGGAGCAUUUGAGGAGGCGAUGGGAUGAGAGUCUGGCCUGCCCUCUUCACGUGGUAGGCCGGAUUCUUAACCCGGUCAACCAGGAGGAGGGGAUAUACCUUAAGGACAGGGAGUGCACCAGGGUGAUGAAGGCGUGGCUGCAACGCUCGAGGGUCUUCGUCGACAAGUAUUGGAAGAAGGACGGCGAGCGGGAGGGAACGAUGUUGGCGCUGCAGGAGGGGAUGCUGGCGUACAUUGAGGGCAAGGGGGGGUUUGGGUCGGAGGAGGCGGUAGCGGGCCGUGCGCAGCUGAAGGAGGGGAAGGGGGACAUGGCGGCGUGGUGGAAGGUGAAUGGCUGGGAGUACCCUGAACUGGCAGGCCUUGCGCAACGUGCUGUGUCACAGGCCGUUUCCGCCUCUCCAUGCGAGCGGGGAUGGUCUGUGUGGGAUGGGGUGCACACGGCGCGCAGGAACAGGCUUGGGUCGGAGAAGGUGCGCGACCUAGUGUUCGUGGCGCACAACUGGCCGGUACACGGCCACCACCAGGCCGCAGCUGGUGGAGCAGGGCCAAGUGGGGAAGUGAGGAGGGCGGGGGUGGUGGAGGGUAACAUUCCCACCCCUCCCCUCCCCGAGGGAUACAAGUUGGAGGAGGACGGGGAGAGGGAGGUGGACGAGGACGACCCGGCAGUCGACGAGUACAAGGACCAGGAAGCGAUGGACGAAGAGGAGGAGAAGGAGAGCGAGGAUGAUGGGGAUGCGUGA